AUGUACUUAUCAGAUUUAAAGGAACUUGUGGCAAGUUUGGCUGUUAUAACUACAAUUUUACAAUUUUUAUCCGGCACGCUUGUGUGCCGACAAUAUGUCAUUAAUGGGACAACAUCAGAAUCGUCACCACUUCCAUUCAUAUGUGGAUUUAUAUCAUCAGGCCUUUGGUUUUUAUACGGAUUGACAAAACAGGAUAAUAAAAUAAUUUUAGUCAAUAUAGUUGGUAUAAUAUUAAUGUUAUCAUAUAUUAUCGUAUUUUAUAGUUAUACCUUCAAGAAAUCCUCUGUUUUAAAACAAUUAUUAGUUUCUCUCACUGUAUAUGCCUUUACAAUUGGUUACAUGUCUGUGGAAGAAGACAAUGAGAGGCUUCUUGGUAGAUUAGGUUUUUCAGCUUGCUCCUUUACCUUGUUAACAGUUGCUGCACCAAUGAGCAAACUUUUAUAUAUUAUUAGAACAAAAUGUACAGACUGUCUUCCUUUUCCGAUGAUAUUCAUGUCAUUAAUUGUAUCAAGCCUUUGGUUUCUCUAUGGUGUAAUAGAAGAAGAUAUAUAUUUAUCGGUACCUAAUUUUAUUGCCGGUGCACUAGCCUGUGCACAACUUUCUUUGUUUGUGAUAUAUCCUAGUGCUCCACCAUCUCCACUUCUAUCAAAAACAACUUUAGCUUAAUGCGAUAAACAAAUAUAAAAUAAUUUUUAACAAAUGAUUGAGUGUUAAAAAGAGCAUUAGAAGCUUCAGUCAGUCAGUUCAGCCUAUUGCAGUCCACUGCUGGACAUAAGCCUCCACCAGUUUGCACCAAACAUCCCGGUUUUCCGCAAUCCCCAUCUAGCCUACACCGGCAAUCUUACGUAGAUCGUCGAUCCAUGGAAUAUAGAAGCUUAGCACUUUUUUAAAAUGUGUUUACUAUGCAAAGCAACUGUUAUAUAUAAAACAACCAAUCGUAGCCUAAUUUUUUAUUUUUAUUUUAUCUACUUAUAAACUUGUUUGCAAUUCCUAUUACUAUAUAACACUAAUUAUAAAUUAUUUAUUGUUAGUUAAUGAAGUGCUAUCUUUAAAGAUCUAUUCUAAUAACAAAUUAUUUUUAUGAAUGUAUAUCAUUAAUUAUAUGAUAGUUUGUAAUCAUAAUAGCUAUAUCAGUUGCAAAUUAUUCCUAAGCCAUUGAGUGAAUUUUUAAAAAUAACAUUGUCUAGUCAUCUAGAAAAACAUACUUCAGAACCAUUUCAAAAGGUAGACAAUUUCUUUUUAAUCAAAUAUUGUAAGAUGAUUUUAGUUUAAUACAUGAAAAGUUCAAA